GCCGCGCGCGCAGGAAGGCUGAUGAUCAUCACAGAGUCGUCACGUCACGGAUCCGCAGCGACCGAUAGAGAGAUGCUGAGGUGACAGCAGGCAGAAGGAGAAAAGGGACGGUCACACUCAGACGUAUUUCGCUCCUCUCUCUCUCUGCGCCUCCUCGUUCUGUUUUCCAAAUCACCGACGCGGCCGCCGCCACCUCUUCCGAUGGACGCUAUGGGAUUCCGCUCGAUGUCGUCCCCGCCGCCUCCGAACGUAGAGGAUUUUUUGUAACCACACCCGGCUGUUCUUCGGAUCAAGGAUUGGCAGCAAAGACCCGAGGGUUCUCCAUCAGACCCCAAAUGCCCGGCCCAGUUUGAGGCUGUUGGUUGAGGGGGGAAGCAGUGAGGACAGCAGUCCUGGUCUUCAGACGGUAUGAGCGGGGGAGCGGAGCAAUCUGACAUCCUAAGCGUGCUCUCCCUGGUCAAGGAGCGAUGGAAAGUGGUGAAGAAGAUCGGGGGUGGCGGGUUUGGGGAGAUCUACGAGGCGUUGGACCUGCUGACGCGGGUCAACGUGGCGCUGAAGGUGGAGUCGGCCCAGCAGCCAAAGCAGGUGCUCAAGAUGGAGGUCGCCGUGCUCAAGAAGCUCCAGGGUAAGGACCACGUGUGUCGCUUUGUGGGAUGUGGCCGCAACGACCGUUUUAACUACGUGGUGAUGGAGCUUCAGGGUCGUAAUCUGGCAGACCUGAGGAGGAGUAUGACCCGGGGAACCUUCAGCAUCAGCACCACCCUGCGUCUGGGGCGCCAGAUCCUGGAAGCCAUAGAGAGCAUCCAUUCUGUCGGCUUCCUGCAUCGUGACAUCAAACCGUCCAAUUUCGCCAUGGGUCGCUUCCCCAGCACCUGUCGAACCUGCUACAUGCUUGACUUUGGUUUAGCUCGCCAGUUCACCAAUUCAUGCCAGGAGGUCCGAGCUCCCCGUCCAGUGGCAGGGUUCAGGGGAACGGUCCGCUAUGCAUCUGUCAAUGCACACAAGAAUAAGGAGAUGGGUCGUCAUGAUGAUUUAUGGUCCCUCUUCUACAUGCUGGUGGAGUUUCUGGUUGGUCAGUUGCCUUGGAGGAAGAUCAAGGAUAAAGAACAUGUGGGGAAGCUGAAGGACACUUAUGACCAUCGUUUGAUGCUCAAACACUUGCCGGCAGAGUUUGGUGUGUUCUUGGAACACAUAUCCACUCUUGACUACUUCACCAAGCCUGACUACCAGCUGUUGAUGUCAGUGUUUGACAACAGCAUGAAAACCUAUAAUGUAGUGGAGAACGACCCUUAUGACUGGGAGCGGACCGGCACAGAUGGCACCCUGACGAUCAGUGCUAGUGCCACGACACCCCAGCAUCACACCCGCCUCACCCCAGCACACAUGGGAAUGGCGAACGCCUCCUUGAUCCCCGGUGACUUAAUGAGGGAGAACACAGAUGAGGUCCUGCAGGACGAGCAGCUCAGUGACGCUGAGAACAACCCUGCUCCCGAGCGCCUGAUGGGCUCUCCCAUCCACCCGCACCGCAACCAGGAGGCUGACGUCUGGGAGGAGCUGGACCGCAACCGUAACCGCAUCAGGACAGCAGUCUGGAAGGCAGCGACAGAAGAGGAGCACAGCAACAAUCAGGGCAACCAAGGACAUCAAAGCCCUUAUGCUGGACCAAGCCUGGGUUCCCCAGUCAAACCACACCCUGAUGUGGUGGCUUCAGACCGUGACGGCCCCCUGCUGAGAAAGCUCCGCAACAUCCACAGCUUUGAGCUGGAGAGGAGGCUUGGCCUGGAGUCCAAGCCCAGUCCAGAACGCUUCCUGGAGGCCUGCUCAGCGAAGCAGCAGCCUGGCACCCAGCAACAGGAGAAGGCUGACGGGGCUUCAAUCAUCCCAGUAACUCAGGGUCAGGCUUUACCUGCUGGAGAGCGUCCUGAGAGGGUCUGGCACUAUGAUGAGGAGUUUCUAUCUGGUGGUGGGUCUCCUAAACCAGCAUCCCCUCGAUCUAUAGAGCAUGGAGAGGGGGCAGCCAGUAGUGGGGGCUUUGUGGCCCUCAAUCUUAGCUCUGGGAGGCAGGACAUUGACUCAAGGGAGUGGGUAAUGGUGGAGCGGCCCGGUGGCUCUCCAGGAGCCAAGGUUACCACCAGCCCCUCAGAGGAGGAUGAGGAUGAGCCAGAGGUGCUCCAGCCAGGGGAACAGUCUCCUGGAUGGGAAAAGGGCAGCCCAGGCCCUUGCCCUGGCAUAGCUAAACAAGAAAGCCUGGCUUCCUCCAAGGGAAGUGCAAAAGCGGACAAGUUGGAACUUAGUGUGGGCCCUGCAGGGGCUCUGCCCCCCGUCACUCCAACUAGCCCGGCUGAAGCUCUAGCCGAGGGAGUUCUCACUCAGCUUCCCACCUCUCCUCCAUCCCUGCCUGAGGAAGUUGCGGCCCGGACAUCCAGUCCCAUCCCUCUGCGCUCUCCCAGCCCUCACACCCUCCUGACCACCUUGUCGGACCCGCUGCACCUGCGCCACCCGCCGGGCUUGAGGCGCAGCCAGUCUGCUGACCAUCAGCAACAGGAACGCCCGUCCUCUUCCUCAUCCUGCCACGCUUCCUUACCACUACCACCAAACCCUGCCCCCGGCACCCGCUCGCCCAGUCGCAGGAAACUGCCGGCCAUCCCGGCGGGUGCUGCCAACACCAAGUUUCCCUCUGUCAUACGCAUCACCCGUGCCCAGCUUCAGCAGUUGACAGCUCAGCGUCCCUCUGGGCUGUCCUCCCAGUCAGGAUCAGACAGUGCUCCACAGUGCCUCCUGGUGGAGAGGCGUGGUGAAGCUGAAGAUGAGGCUCAGCAAGUCCAGGAGCACACAGCGGACAUCAGUUCCCCCCAGGACCGUGUGCCCACCCAUCCUGGGACACCCACAGACCCUUUGGCUGAGACGCUGAUCAAUGGAGACAGCCACACCAAAGCUCAAAGUCCUGUGCCAAGCCGUGUGUCUUCCCCACGCUCUCCCCGUUCACCGCACUCACCUCCUCCACGCUCGCCUUCCUCUCCACACUCUCCUCGUUCCCCCCACUGCCCUGUGUUUGCCAAUGGCCACCUCUCACCCCCUGUUAAUGGCCACAGGGAUUUAAAUAAUGGAGCUUUUCCGAAGUUCAAAGACCCUGAGAAUGAUUCUGGCCCCAUGCCCUGUGUCACAGAGCCUCAGCUAAGGUGGGAGGAAAGUGGAAAAGUUAAUAUGGCCCCAGCUUCCUCCUCCCCUGCUGCCCCCCGUAAGGACCCCAGCCGCAGGCAUAGUCGUAUCCCCGUGCUCGAGCCCUCCAGCCUGCUGGAGCUCCCCCCUCCAGGGUCCGCCAAGGAGAAACUCCUGCAGAAGAAAGCCAGCCAUCAGGGCCCGGUCCCCUCUCCCACUGCUUCGCCAUCCCUUUCUGAUAGACGUGGCCACGUGGUGGCGUCCCUAGCUAGGGACCCCUUAUCCUCCACCUCAGACCGCUCUCAGGAUGAGGACUCUCUUAUGGGCUCCCGUUCUGACCGCCAGGGAGACGACGCUCCUUCCCUCUCCUCCUCCUCCAGCCCCCUGUCCCGCAAGAGCAGGAUCCCACGUCCCGUUCAUCCAACCUCUUCUGCUGAGCAGCUGGCUUCACAAUUUCUGCCGCGCCCGCCCCCAGGAAAGCCACCUUGCCGCCCCACAAUGGAGGGCAGGCUUAGGCGUUACCGCAUCCGAGCUGGCAGCACCAGUGACUCAGACCUCUUGACAUGCCUUGCUCAGCUGAUGCAUGGUUCCCGUGGCUCCCCCCUUCACCACCGCUCCUCCACUCAGCACAGCUCCAGGAUGGGCAUCUGCAGCCUGAACAGCUCUCCGCACCACCACCGCAGCUCUAGCGCCUCCCCGCGCAGCUCCUCCUCCCUGCAGCGCUCCGUCAGCUCCUCGCCCUCCCGCCAUGAGCACCGUGGCAGCGGGGGAGGGGGCUGCCUGGGCCGCAGCCGUUCGCCUCCCAGCUUCUCUGGCUCGCCUCCUCCCCGCCGCUUCUACUCCUACCACCAGGAGACUUGCUGCAGCCGCCAGGCUCGCACGAGCCCCUUCCACCUGACCAGGGGAAAAGGCUGCAGUCGAGAGGGGAAGUGCUCCAGCAAGCUGAGCAGAUAGUUGCUGCCACAGCAGAAGAUGGGAAGACUCCAAUCAGGAUAGAGUAGACAACAGUGUAGAUGAAAGCCUGAGUCUUCCUGUUUGAGUAUAAUUAGACAACAAAAUUCUUAUUUCCCUUUUUUUGCUGUCAGUCUGAACCUUACACAUGUCUUGCCGCUUCCCUCCGCUCUCAUCACUCCUAUUGCACACAGGGUUUGUCAUUCAUUUAUGUGCCCAGCUUUAUGAUAACUUAUCAGACAAGGGAUGUUGACAUGUCAGGGUCCUCAUUUUAUGUAUAGCAUAGUGUAGCUGCAAAAUUAAAACAGAUUUUCCCAAUGCAGGGAAUAUUACAUAAAUCAAUAGUUGGGCCUGUGGGCACAUUAAUAAAUCAGCUUCCUGUUUAUUCAUCUUUGCUCCAUCCUGCACCACAAUUUAUAGUAACUUAUUUAUCCCCAGUAUUAAUGCACUUGGAUUAUACUGAUGAAAUAUCAGUGUAUAUGAUUACAGCUUAAUUAAAUAUUGGCCUGGGGUUGACUCAGUUAUCUCCUCUGCGUUUGGAGAUUGCAGGCAGGGUAUAUAAUAUUUACUUUAUGCUAUAUGUGAAUGCAUAAAGCCAGACUUUGUGUACAGUUGUAUUUAUUGAGAUAUUUAUUUUGAUGCAUAGUGUUGCUUACGACUCCUACCCUCUUCUGUGUGAUAGUGGAUGUGUGGUUUAGUGUCGCUCACAUUAAUUUUAAAUGUUUAAUUGAAGUGAUUACUCCAAAGUGACCCUUUAUACAAUCAAUCAUGUAAAGUGCGUGAGGACACACACCUUUUUGUGCCUACUGUGUUGCUAAGAGGGAAGUUAAUUGUCACUCUGAAUGAGAGAAUUAAAGGUCAGACUCGUGAAACUACUUUUGAGAUGUGUUUUAGAGCUCAAGGCAUUAAUGGAACAUGCAUUUCCAGUAGUUGUAGUUGUAGUAGCAGUAGUAAGCUUAAACAACACAAGGUACAUUACUGACGAGUAAUGUUCAGACACAGACGUUUGUCUCAGCGUGUGCCUUGGCACUUUGGGCAGCUUGAGGAUUUACUCUGGUGUGUUUGUAAUUAGAAAAUAAGGAGCCAAAAAAAACAGACUUGUGCCAGCCGUUAUAGGACAACCCUUUUCACCAGUAUUCUCUUAUGUAGAAAAGGUAGCAACACAAAUGUUUGGAAAUCAAACACAAUUUGAGCAACAGUUUACUUUAUGAGAGAGUAGCUAUUAUUUGUAGUGACGAAAGGAAAUAUUUCAUGUGAAACCCACUUUAGCUGUCCUGUAUAUAUACCAGGUCAGUAUUUCAGAUAAAACUUUGAACAAAUGUGAAUUUCAGACCUCAAAAAACAUUUAUUCAAAUGUUAAUGAAAAUUGAGGCCAUAUGUACAUAUAUAUUUCCUCCUGUCCUGUUCCUCCUGCGCCGGAGAAUGUCUUUUUAUAUAAUGACAUAAAGUAUGUUUGUGCACAAGGCGAAAGAAUCAGCGUGUUGUUUGAGUUUAAUUUAGUCAGGAUUCCUCACUGAAACUCUCCUCCACAACCUUGUCCCACUCCUCUCCUUGUAAGAUACUGUAAAAUAACUCCAGCUUACUUCCAACGCUACUUCUUGCAUGCUCAACAGAGAAAAGGGGAAAAAAAAAAAAAAAUCAGAAUCAACUACUGAGUAAAAAAGCUUCAUACCACUUCCCAUCACACCGCAUCUAUCUUGUGAAGAUUUUAACACAGCAGUAACUUCAUUACCUGCUGGGUGAGCAAUUUUAAUUUCUGUGAAGCUGUAUAUUUUCUCUGACCUAUGACACUAUUCCUCUUCUCGCCUAAUGUUUGACACUAGUUUUCUGCGCUUCCUGCACUGACUCGGGAUGAUUGUGUUGCUGGAAAAUGAUGGACUGUAUUUUUAUCAGUGCAAAUAGCUGACGUGGUGCACAAAAGAAUUACCUAAAAACUACAAAAGAGAUUAGACGACACAUAGGGUGUAAGAUUGAUGGCAGUCAUAGCCAUUAUAAGAUAUGGCUGCACAUAGAGAAUAAUAAUAAAAAAAAUCACAUUGCCAAAUAUCUUGAUGAAUUUUGCAGAUGUGGUUUGAACUGGGAUACAUGAGAGUGUAUAGAGACUGAAUGGGCACACUGCUUUGUAGAUAUAAAAUGUGCUGGUUCGUUUUGACUCAUGCAGAUGUUGCAGGUACCUACGCUAGUCUCACAGAGCAGCUAUGAUGACUCAUCCUGAAGGCAGACAGUGUUCAGUCAGUCAGCCGCCUUAAUGUCUCUUCUCUGCCCCUCUGUGCAUAGCGAGGGAUGACUGAGCCUUGUCUGUGUUGGAGAUCAUUCCACUGUUAGGCCAAGCCAAGCCUUCCAUCACUUUAUCUCUUGUCUGUAUAUGGCAUGUGCUACCAUGCCUGUCAGCGUGGUCUCUAUAUCACCGCUGAAAUCAGUGCUGUCAGACUGAUACUCGUGUGCUUAAAAAGCUAUGCUUAUACCGGAGAGAGCUCCCUGUUUGUCUGUGAGAAUGCGUGGACCACUAUCGAUUGAAAGUGAACAAUUUCAGUGUGCAGUAUUCAAAAGUGUUUUUGUUAGUAUGCUCUCAUAACAGCGGCGUGUAAUUUCUACAUGUCUCCAGCAAUCAAUCUUUGAAUUCUCCCUUUGCCAAAUCUCAAAUUUCAGGCUCACAACUUUUAAGGCAUUGCAGCUCAGCAAGUUCAGAAUGCAUUUGUGCAGACUUUUACUAUAUACCUGUAAAAUAUUCAAAUGAAUUAUUUAAAAAAAAAAAAUCAUUAUUGUAAACCAUAACUUAUAUGCUAACAAGCUUCAGUGAAAGGGAGGAACAGACACUAAACAGUGCUGCUCGUUUUAAAAGAUAAUCAGAUUUCUCAUGUUUUUUUUUCAAUUAUUAUUGCACAUAAGUGGUGUGUAGUUGUAGUACUAGUGUGACCUACCAGAUGAGAUUUUCUUUGUCACUUUUCUGAGUGGCCUGCUGAUAGAAAAGUGUCAUAUUUAUAGUAGCUUGCUGGUAUUUGUGGUUACAGAUACCCAUAGGCCAACAGAACAAACCCAGCUAUAUCUUUUAUUUAAGUGAGAUGGAAACUAAUGAAAGCUUUGGUGUGCACUGGUACACUUCUCAUGUCAUAACAUUGGAUUACUUGUUUUAUAACUUAUAAAUACUUGACAGAUAUUAUUUAUUGUGACAUAUGCUUAUUUGCCCAUCCGUCAUUUUUACUUCAAUUGUUGGGAUUUUUUAAUGGUUGAUAUUUUUUUGUGUUGUAAUGUAUCUCAUGGUUUUGAAAUGUAACUGUACAGUCUCCAGAAGAAUGUAACAAGUGGGAGUUUUGCAUUGUAUAUAACUGUAAUUAUUUAUGUUUAUUCUAUCAUUUGUAUCAUAUCAAUGCCUUGUACAGUGUUUUUUUUCUUUUUGUUUUAAAAUUAUUUUGUAUUUUAUUUUUAUAAACUGGUUAUAAAUAAAAUAC